UCUUUUUCUCCUCUUUAAAUAAAAGCAGCAGCCCCCAAGUCCUAACCUCUAUUUUCUGUCUUCUCCUCCACUUGCUCUCUUCUUACUCCAAACCCCCCCCCCCCUCCCUCCCUUUUUUUCCAGCUUACUCAACCCCUUCACCGAAAAAAAACAUCUUCUUGUUUUGUUGCCGAACAUACAAAGAUGAGAAUGUGAUCUGAAAGACUGCUCUAUUGAUCAACCCCACCUCCCAUAUUUUUCUACCACCCCAAACCAAGCUGAAUUUUUUCUUAUUUAUGUCUUCUUGAUAAGCUGAGAGUAAAUUCUUGAGAAUAUAUUAUUGUGGGGUUUUUCCAUUUUUUGUGUUGUGAUUGAGAAGAGGGAGGAAAAAGCUAUAAGUAUGUUUGGGAGGGAGUGUUGGUGUUGGGACAAUUACAAUGUCUCUGAUGAUUAUUAUUCAGUUGAACCUCACAAAUUUUCUUUGCCUUCACCCCUUCCUAAAUGGCCUCAAGGCAAAGGUUUUGCUAUAGGAAGAAUAUGCUUAGGUGAAAUUGAAGUUGUUCAAAUCACCAAGUUUAAGAAAAUUUGGGGUUGCAGCCCAUCAGUUGGGAAAUCAAAUUGCGUCUCCUUUUAUAAGCCGGAUGAAAUUCCACAAGGAUUUUCAUGCCUUGGUCACUACUGUCAGCCAGAUGGUGAGCACUUAACUGGCUAUGUUCUUGCUGCCAGAGACGCAUCUGUUAAUCAGAACCCAAAAGUCAAUGUUCAAGAUUCAUCUUCAAAGCUUCCUGCUCUUCAAAAACCUCUGAACUACACUAUGAUUUGGAGCUCAGACUCCCAAUACAAUGGAAGCGGUUAUAUUUGGAUGCCAAAUGCACCAGUUGGUUAUAAAUCUAUGGGAUUCGUGGCUUCUGUUGAGCCUAAUGAACCUGAUCCUGAUGAAGUUAGAUGUGUCCGUGCUGACUUGACGGCAAAAUGUGAGGCGUGUGAGAUGAUGUUUAGUUCAGAUUCCAUUUUCCCAAGGGACCAAUUUCAAGUUUGGGAAACAAGACCUUGCAAGAGGGGCAUGCUGUGUAAAGGGGUUUCUGUUGGUACAUUCUUCUGCAGUACAACCUUCAGUUCUGGAGAUGAACUCGAUAAUAUUGCAUGCUUGAAAAAUCUCGACUCUUCCCUACAUGCAAUGCCCAAUCUCGAGCAGAUCCAUGCACUCAUCAAGCACUAUGGACCGACAGUUUAUCUUCAUCCAGAUGAGAUUUAUUUGCCCUCCUCAGUCCCAUGGUUCUUCAUUAAUGGAGCUCUCCUCUACAAAGAUGGGAGGAAUAGUGGUAUAGCCAUCGACUCUAAAGGCUCAAACUUGCCUGCUGGUGGAGAAAACGAUGGUGAAUAUUGGCUUGAUUUGCCAAAUAAGGAUGAUGCAAAUCGAACCAAUGUCAAAUGUGGGAACAUUGAGAGCGCAGAGCUCUAUGUUCAUGUUAAACCAGCUUUAGGAGGAACCUUCACAGAUAUUGCAAUGUGGAUAUUCUGCCCUUUCAAUGGACCGGCUACCCUUAAGAUUGGGUUGUUGAGUUUUGCUUUGAAUAAAGUAGGAGAGCAUGUUGGUGAUUGGGAGCAUUAUACACUCCGUAUCAGCAACUUUUCUGGUGAGCUCUCGAGUGUGUAUUUCUCGGAGCAUAGUGGUGGUGAAUGGCUAGACGCCUGCAACUUGGAGUUCAUCGAGGGAAAUAGGUCAGUUGUAUAUGCAUCAAGAAAUGGCCACGCGAGUUUCCCACAUCCCGGCUGCUAUCUUCAGGGCUCUACUAAACUCGGGGUUGGAGUGAGGAACGAUUGUGCACGUAGCAAAUACCAUGUUGACUCUAGUAGCAAAUAUCAAAUUAUUGCUGCUGAAUACCUUGGAGAGGGAGUUGUUUCAGAACCACCAUGGUUGCAAUAUAUGAGGGAAUGGGGUCCAACCAUCAUAUACGAUGGGCGAUCAGAAGUUGAAAAAAUAAUCAAACAUCUUCCUUUUUUUAUGAGAUUUUCAGUGGAGAGUCUCAUUGAGUUAUUUCCAACUGAACUAUAUGGUGAAGCAGGGCCAACGGGACCAAAGGAAAAGGACAACUGGUUGGGGGAUGAAAGAUGGUAGUGGGUAGGCAAUGUGUUUGUGCUCCUAUUACUGAAUUGAUCCAAUCCCCACCAUUUCUUGCAUACAUUGGAUUGUGAGAGAGCUGCUAGUAGUAGCUAUACUGGGGGUUAAUGAAAAUCCCAGCUUAGGGGUAUCCAUUGUAUCUAUAUUGAUGGAUUAUCCAAUUCUAUGUAAAUUGUAACAGCAAUCAUAUAUUUGCAAGAUUAAUGUCGUUUUCACAGUAAUCAAAUUCAAGAUCCACAACCCAAUUAA